AUGUCGCUCUUCAGCACACGUACGCUCGUUACCGCCCUUUUGUUGGCACAGUCAUUCGCUUUACCCGCCCCGGAAUCCAAGCCAGUCCAGCUCGAAGAAAGAAACAUCUGCAACGACGGCGAGCUUGCUGCCAAGAAUCCGCGCGCAGCUUUCUUCCGCAAGGUCGUGGAUGAGUCAAACUAUAGCAACCAUAGUAGAGUACCGACGCCGAAGGAUGUUCCCCUAAAGGUCGGCAUCAUUGGCGGUGGAGCUGCCGGACUCUACGCUGCCAUUCUACUUGACUCCCUCGGAAUUGACUACGACAUUCAUGAGGUCUCUGGACGCAUUGGCGGGAGAAUCUUCACCUACCAUUUUGAUCAAGAGGCUUGGGACAAGUCCACACCCGUAGACCCUGCCUACUAUGAUUACUACGACGUCGGCGCCAUGCGCUUCCCUCCGAUGCCUUACAUGAGCCGCAUCAUUGGAAAUGACUCAUGGAGUCUUAUCCCCUACAUCAAUGCGAGGGUAGCUGAACGCGACCAGGUUGUUAAGAAACACUACAUCUUCAGAACGGACAACACGUUCAGACGAUUCAAUGGCAUCACCUCUCUUCUCCAAGACCCGAACUCUGCCUCCCCUGCUAGGUACGACGUUCCGGUAUUCAACUCGACCUUUAACACGCAGUCUGCGUACAAUGUGUGGAAGGCUCAAGUCAGCAGCAUGACGACAGCGCUCUCAGCCAAUUUUGACACAGGUUUCAACCUCCUCAUGAAGUAUGAUUCCAUGACGGUCCGGGACUUCCUCUUGGACCAGGGCUUUACCAACACCGAGAUCGACUGGAUGGAGACCAUCAACGAUGCCACAGGUCACUACGAUAUGUACUCCAUGUCUCAAGCCGUCCUAGAGCAGUGGAUUUUUGACAGUGCAGAUAUUCACAACUGGUCGCUGAUCAACGGCGGUAUGGACAUGUUGACCAAAGGCAUGAACCUCAUUGUGAAGAACAAGCCCGUUCUGCACAACAGGGUUUCCGACAUUAAGAAGAAUGCCAAUGGCUCCUUGAAGAUUGUCGUCAACGGCACCAAGGAGUACGACUACGCUCAUGUCAUCUCAACUGUUCCGUUGGGCGCCCUCCAGGCUAUCAACAUGACCGAGCUAGAGCUCAACUAUUUCGAAAACCAUGCCAUCCGCUCUCUCAACUACGAUCCUUCGACAAAGAUUGGAUUCAAGUUCAAGACUCGCUGGUGGGAAAACCUCGCCACCGGUCCUUUCAAGGGCGGUCAAUCCUUCACCGAUCUUCCUAUCCGCCGCUGUGUCUACCCCUCUUACGGCGUCGAUGUCCCGGGUGCCCCGGGAACCAUGAUUGCCAGCUACGUCUGGGGCCAGGAUGCCUCCAGACUAGGCUCCUACAUGAACCCGCACAAUGAGAAACAACAGGCACCUUAUCAGCCAGAGAGCAUCGACGUCAUGGUCGACUUGACUCUGAGGAACCUGGCAGAGCUCAACGGCGUGUCUCACGAGUUUCUCCUGUCGCAAUUUGAGGGAUACCACGCCUACGACUGGUACGGAUCGGCUUAUUCCAACGGCGCCUUUGCCAUCUUCGGCCCGGGGCAGUUCAGCAGCACGCUGCCGUGGUUGAUGAGGCCUUCUGCUGAUGGCCACAUGCACUUCGCGGGCGAGGCGCUGAGUUCGGGCCACGCUUGGAUCAUCGGUGCGGUCAACAGCGCCUGGAGAACUGUGUUUGAGAUUCUUUGCACUGAAGGUCUGGAGGACAAGAAGAAGCAGUUCGUUGAGCAGUGGGGUGUUAUUGAUGAGGUUGACAUGGGCUGUACAGAGAGACUUGAAUUCCCUGGACUGUCUCGAGACUAUUCUACCGAGAACAGCAGCCAAAGGAGCCGGAACCACCUUGGGGAGCUUACCUGGUGGGAUUCUCAUCAGGCAAUGGGCCCUAUGUUUGGGUGGCAGGGCAUCACGACAGACUCAGGGGAUGGAUCUCAACUUCCAGACUACCAAAUCCCUCUCGAUCCGCAACUUGAAGCCGAUGAGUUGCCUCGAGCAAGUAGUCAGGACGACAGCAUCGCUGCGCUGGGGGCGUUGCAUACAGGUCGGGAAGAUGUCUUUCUGGGUAUGCUUGGUAGCAUCGAGCCUUCCCAAUCACCAGGACCGCAUGCCACUCAUAGAAGCCCACCGGAAAGCAUUCCAAUCACCUUGGAUAAUCCCAAGUCCAUCUUCUCCUCGACCUUUUAUUCGAGGAGGACCACUUCCGAUCCUCUGCCUUCACAGCCCUCAGCCCCCGCAACUCAGCGCCGCGGUCACUCCGCAUCUGGCACCAAACGCAAAGCCAACGGAUCUCCAACCACUGACCUCGACUCGAUCGAUGAAGAUAACGCUAAUGCUAUCAAAAGACAGCGCAAUACUGUCGCAGCUCGAAGAUAUCGUCAAAAAGGCCGUGACCGCAUAACGGAGCUAGAAUCUGCUCUCAAAGUUGUCGAGGAGGAGCGUGACAGACUGAAGCUGCAGCUCGCGAGAAGGGAGGCCGAGGUUGACGCGUUGAGAGAAAUAAUGAAGAAGUAG